AUGGCCCAACAACAAAAUGACAAUGUGAUGCGGAGGAAGCUGGUCAUCAUCGGAGAUGGUGCUUGCGGCAAGACCAGUUUGUUAAGUGUGUUUACCCUGGGUUAUUUCCCAACUGUAAGUGUUCCCACGGUUUUCGAGAAUUAUGUGACGGAUUGCAGGGUGGACGGUCGAUCCGUCCAGCUGGCCUUGUGGGAUACUGCAGGUCAAGAAGAUUAUGAGCGGCUGCGACCUCUUGCAUACUCGAAGGCGCAUGUAAUCCUGAUCGGAUUUUCGGUCGACACACCAGAUUCGCUUGAAAACGUGAAGCACAAGUGGAUUGAGGAAGCAAACGAGCGAUGUCCCGGGGUACCUAUCAUCCUUGUCGGCUUGAAGAAGGAUCUGCGCGAAGACCCUCUGGCUAUCGAAGAAAUGCGGAAGAAAUCCCUCCGGUUUGUUACUUCUAAGGAAGGAAGCGAAAUAGCGACGCAAAUCGGCGCCAGAAAAUACCUUGAAUGUUCCUCAUUGACUGGAGAGGGGGUCGACGAUGUCUUCGAAGCCGCUACGCGAGCCGCCCUCCUCACAUUUGAUAAGCGGAAAAGCUCGUGUUGCAUCGUCCUAUGA